UCCGUUUUAUCAUUAAAGAAAGAGUAGUCCCUUUUUAAUCGUUCAAACACCUACCACCCCUCUUUAUUUUCAAAAUUCUGUUUUUACAAUCAUUUUACAUAAAAUUCCAUUCCAUUGAGCUGAGGAACCUCCAGGAAAUGCAAAUCUAUCACAAACACUAAAACGAAUCAUUCAUUUUCUCAAGGAGUGUUGAAUCCGGGUCAUGUCAUCCGGGCCAGAUUUAUUCCAGUACUAUAUUCGGGGUGUAUGCGAGCUGUUGUCGCCCGUAGACAAUUUUUCGCCGUCUUCUCGGUUAGUCGGAGCUGGAAGUGGCAGUUUUAGGGAUAGGGAUGGUAACGAGAAAAACCGUCCGGCUGGUUUUGAUGGGUUGUUUUGUAAUGCUGUCGGAAAUGAGCUUCAGGGUCAUGUGAAAACGAGACUGAUGGCUAUGCUGCACCAAUGUGUCGUUUCGUUGAACCGAGAAGUUGAUGAGGUGGUGGAUCCUGUCUUGGCGAUGCAUCAGUUAAGAGGCCUUUUGGCACCCGCAAUGAUUCAUGACAAUAAUCAGGAUGUGAAAGGUGAAAUUGAGACUGAAAGUCGUGCACGGAAGAGACUUAAGGUUUCUAAUCUCAAAGGGGAGUCUGAGUAUGGUGAUUGCUUGAUACAAACAAAGAAGAUCCCCUAUUAUUACAAGGAUGAGAAUGGGCCAUGUUUCAGACCAAGUUCAAGAAAUGAUAAAGAAAAUGGAGAGGUCAAUGAUGAUUUGCAAAUCCUUUUGGUCAACAAAGGCAGCGCUAAAAAAAAGAUGGAGAAACAUUCUGCUGAGUAUUCUGCGACGCUUGGGCGAAUGGAGGAGAAACUUGAAGAGCUUCUUGAUAUGGUCAUUACUACUUGCAGGCCAAUGACUCUUGCAGAAAAACAUCAAUUACGGAGAUUAAUUCUAGACCUGCCUCCACAAAACCUGGAUCGUGUUGCAGAAAUUAUACAACGGAGAAAGCCUCUUGAACCGCAUUCUAGGAGUGAUAUUCCUGUCGACCUGCAAAAUCAGGAUGAUUUAACACUGUGGAGACUAUAUUUUUACGUUAAAGCAGUAGAAAAUGCUCAAAAGCUCUUGUAGGAAGGAUAUUUUGGCAUGGCCAAACGUAUUCCUUAAAACCCAAUUGUUGAAAAAGUUUUACAGUAAUGUUUCGAGGAUAUCAGGGUCAGGCCUGUAUAUAUGUUUCGGGAAAGCUGCAUAUAACAAGAUAAGAUGAUCCAUUAACACUAGGAUUUAACCGAGGAUUUAGUUUUCACUGGAGAUAGAUGGUGCAUAUUGCAUAAAAAUGAGUAGAACAAGUUUGUACUUUGUUUCCCUGUUUUAAACUCUGUUGUUGAGUUCUGUGAAUAUGAAUGAGUGUAGAUGGUCUAUGAGAUUUUCAGAAUUCUA